ACCGCAAGCACUCUCAAGGCCAAGGCUCGUCGUUGUACAGCCUAAAGCAAGACGAUAGGCUGUGAUUUCGGCUUUGCGCGGUCUUGCGGUGCAAACAUGUCUUCAGCGGUUGCAACUUCUCCGGAGAAGAAAUCGUUCCCCGUCGUGGGCGAACGAAGCAAUACGUCGUCGACGCCCAAUCGGUAUCCUUACGCCAUCAAGACAACAUCGAGCGCGAUCCUUACGCGUUCGAAUAGUACUGGAUAUGCGGCAUCUCAUCAACACGUUUAUAUACCCAAUACACCGAGUCCCGGCGGAACAACUGCUAAGCAUCGGCACAGCAAGUCAGACUUAUCUCGCCCUUCUCCAAGGCCUCUCCCUAUACCACCUUCAUUGGAAUCGUCACCCACGAAGAAUUAUAAGGGACAUGGCUACACGUCGUCAGAAGAAUUGGUUUUUCCGUCAGUGUCGGUGAGAGCGAGGGCAGAUACACUCCCGAGUACACCGAACCCGCCCCCACCCUCCCCGGUGAAAGUUGAUGAGCUUCCUUCCAAUCCGAGAGUCUGGACAACUUCUCAGCUUGCUUCUUACUUGAUAACUGCUCUUCGUGUGAGGUCGGGCGAAGUAUUGCCUUUGCCGCUUCAGGUUGCGAAGGACAUCGCGGCUUUCGUCAAGGAAGCUCGUCUCAAUGGUCGGUCGUUCCUCCGUCUCAAUGAACAGGAUCUCGAGUCAAUGGGGAUCAACAAUCUCUGGCGUGAGGCACUACUUAAUGCCUCCCGAAACCUCCGUCAGAACGUUUUGAAAGGACGUAUCUGGGGUAUCGAGGAUGAUGCUAAUGAGUCGUCGCGGGUUCUACCUUACAGAAACUGCUUCAAUUCUUCUUCGUCUUCUAUUGACGAAAUAUCUGGCUCACAAGAGUCAACUCCUAAUAAGACGAACGAGCGGAAAGGUCGCGUUCGUGGACUCAUCGCAAGCCUCGAGCGUACGUCUAGCUCCGGAUCGAGCUUUAGCAACCACGGAAGUUCCACGAGUGAAGGCGAUGUUAUCCCUAGCGCUUGGGCCGAUGAGGAAGCAGCGUUCGCAAGCGGGUCGGAGGCCAGUGACAUUGAAGAUCGCAAUUCGCGUAAAUACGCGAAACGACCUUUACCUGUGCCAACUGUCCCGCCUGUAGAUGUACUUCAUGCGAAACAUGGGAGCGACGAAGUCGCCAGUCGCGAAGCAGAACCGUCAGUCGAGGAUUUACUUAAUUCGAAUUCCUUUUCGAUGUCCGAUAGUUGGGGUGCUAAGGCUUGGGAGGACAUAAACAUUGGUGAAACCGUUAAGCGCAUUAGUCCGGAGAACGAAGACAAGAUGUCUGGUACUCACGGCGAUAUCUUUGAGCAUUAUGGAAAUUCUCGGUCUGGUAGCGGUAAAACAAGUGAUGCCCGUAAAGCAGAGACGCAUAAGCAGAUUAGGGACAUAUUCGCUCGUCCCCUACCCUCGCGUCCUCUCCCUUCUCCAGCCAAGUCGAGUGUGCCAUCACCGAUCCUUAGUACAUCGCCGUUCCGGGUCGUUGAGAAGGUGGACAGGAGCACACAGACUAAUGUGGAGGUUCCGGAGCCGGCUGCCGCUCGGACUGACGAUCGAGACGCCGACGCAGCUGUGUCAGAUGAUCCUGACUCGCUAGAGAAAGCCUUAUCUCUGCUGGAACAGUUCAGAAAGCGAAUCGCUGAAGUUGAGGAGAAGCUUAGCAUUCUGGAACAGAAAGACGCGGAGCAGGCACACGUAGAACACCGAUCACAAGGCAUUGGGACCGACACUCAUCCCGCAUCCGCACCCGCACCAGUUCCCGUGCCUGUAAUUUCAAUGGAAUCAAGAUCUAUCCAAGUGGAAGUUCAUCAAGAAAGCAUGGAGCUCGGCUCUCCGUCCGAAAAAUCGAAGCUUACUCAGACAGACGGCGCCGCUGGCACCAUAGAGUGUUCUUCAGCUUCUACACCGAUAUCACAACAUUCUUCGGCCAGCGUUCAAGACUCCGACCACUUGGUUUCCCCACACCCUGAUGACGGAUCUGACUGGCGAAGGUAUUUUGACGGCCAUGAAUGGGAUCCGAUUGAGAAUGGAAUUCGGUCUUACGUCCUUAUGGUCGGCUUUGGUGUCUGUGCCGUCGUUCUCUCCACAAUAUUGAAGCGUCUGGCGGGAAAGAAGCCUUAAUCAUCUCCUCACCUAAGAUCAGCACUCCCCCCGGAACAACUUAAUUGAUACCAUUCAUUGCCAAUACCCGGUGUCAACAGCCAUACGCGAUCAACAUGCUCUACUCAGUGCUUUAUAUUGCCUCUCGGACUUUCUGCUAUGUUGCAGCGCUCUAUUCGCGCUCGUUCGUUCAGUUUGGCAGCGCGCCCACUUCACCGGCAUUGCUUCGUUGGGCCAUCUUCCUUCCCCGUAUCUUUGAUCGUCUUCGACUUCCGCGCUUCCAUUUUAACCCCACUACCUAGCCCCCCGCUAUUGAGAAAAGUAUUUAAAUUGCGAGGGGAAGGGCAGGAACAUCGGUUUUACCGCGUUCCUUUCCUUUUUGUCGCCUAUCUUAUUUUGGUUCCCUCGCUAUACGUCGUAUGUCGGCAUUGAUGCACGCCUAUGCCCUUGCUAUCUCCGCCCUGUCUUGCUUUUUCCGCUCUCGGGUUCUCGGGUCGCUCGUUAAUACCCACGUCUUACUCAUUAAGUUUCAAUCUCUCUGAUUGUCCCCCCUAUCUUGACCAGUAACUCAUGUUUCACGACCACUAACGAAUGCCUUUAC